AUCCCACGUAUUCACAUCUUUCUUCUGCAAGAUUUCAUCUUGUUAUCUAAAUCUAUUUAGAAUCACAUCCUUCUUCUGCAAGAUAUUAUCUUGUUGUCUAAAAAUCAAUUUAGAAUCCAACUCUGAGCGAAGAUUUUACAGAAAGAAUUGAUGGGUGAAGGCGCUAAACCUGGUCCGACCUUCAAUGGAGGGUACUAUUCAGCAGGGGGAAACGGAGCCCCGAUUCCAUCACCCACUGCAGUUUACAUUCUUCCCAAACGAAGGCGUGGAAUGCCCUGUUUCUUAAAAUUCCUUAUAAAUUUCAUCAUCGGCCUCGUAGUAGUCAUCGGCAUUGCAGCGCUUAUUAUCUGGUUAGUCGUGCGCCCAACAAAGCCCAAAUUCUACGUUGACGAUGUUGAUUUCAGUAACAACAGUACUAUCGCUUUGAAUAUGACCGUUCGGAAUGGGAAUAGAAGGAUGGGCAUCUAUUAUGACACCAUCUAUGCAUUUGCGACAACCUUUUCUGCAGAACAGAGUAUUACGGCUACUGGGCUGCAUGAAUUUUAUCAGGGCCACAAAAAUACCACUGUUUUGCGUCCUGUUUUUCUCUCUGCUGGAUCGUUGUCAUCUUCGAAUACAGGGGAUUUGGUCGACACGGAAGUUAAAUUGAGAUCUCGUAUUCGUUUCAAGGUGGGCGGAUUUAAAACCCGUCAUUACAAGCUCAAAGUGAAGUGCCGAUUCUCUGCGCCGCUGAAUGAAACGACUUCAACGACUUUCCAGAGGAAGAAGUGCAAAGUGGACGUGGAUCGAUAGAUUUAUUUUAGGGCAGGCCGUAGCUGAGUUGUUAUGCAGAUGGAGUGUUUUUUCUGUUUCUCUCUUCACUGAGCGAUUUCAUUUAUUCCUUAUUUCUUUGCGUUUGUUGGUGUGGAUUACAUUGUGAAAUAACCCACUGCUAUUGCUGUGUAUUGAGUAUAAUAAAAGGUUAUUAUUGUUUUUGUAUAA